AUUAACAGAUGUGCUGGGUUUGAGAAAACUGAUUCAUUUCUUAAUGGGAAGAAAAAUCUUACUGAGUUUUACACUUAUUUUUUUAUGUAUUGGAUUUUCAGUAACUUUGGACCAGAUACUGGCUAGGAAGAAUGUGAGUUUCAUCUCUAGAAAAUUCUCAAGUAAAGAAGUGGCUAUAAACAGUGAUCAAAGUACUGGAACUAUGAGACCAAUCCACAAUUUCACAACAAUACCAACCACACAGACUCUCGAGAACAGUCUGAGCAGACAAGGACAUUUAGAAAAAGAACCUUGGAAUUCAUUUAGCCACCACAGUCCAAUUAACGUCUCUAUGGAUGGAAUUCCCUGCAUCCUCUUCUGGACCAAAAGAAUAACAGUUAAAUUUAAGAAUCAGACCCAGCUGGAUCUUACAGAUGAAGUUUUUGGCCAGAAGGCAACAGUGGAUGUUGGCAAUUCACACUGCAGUGAAGAAAAUGCCACGUUGUAUCUAAGGGUCACUAAUGAUGACACCCCCAAAGGUUUGGAUAUAAGAUUCACCCUUAUCAAUUACAACAAGCUGUCCAUCCAGAGCUGGUUUAGUUUACACCGAGUUGAGAUUAUUUUCAAUAAUUCCAUCCAAGCAACUUUCAACGCCACUGGCAUAUACGCUCCGUCCAGUCACUCCUAUCACUGCCAGCAUGUCAGCAGCCUACAGCGGAGGGAUGCUCUCUUAUUACCCAGCAACACAGAUGAUAUGUCGAGCCUGUGGGAGGUCACUUUUGUUGAUUUCCAGAUCCAAGGCUUCGCCAUCAAGGGGAGGCAGUUUGCGAAAGCGAGAGACUGUGCUUCUUCUUUCACACCUGCCAUUCUGAUCGGCCUGGCGAUGUCCCUGAUCCUGUUGCUGGUGCUGGCCUAUGCCCUGCACAUGCUCAUGUACUUGCGGUAUCUGGACCGCCACUACGAUUUCAUUGCCUCUCCGGUCCACUUCCCCCAGCUGAAAGCUCGAGAUGUAGCAGAAGAGAAGGAGUUGCUGAGAAGUCAGGGAGCGGAAUGUUAUGAAUUAAGGAAUCAGCAGAUCUGCAAAAUUUAUGUUUAAGAGCAGAAGCCUGUCUACCACAAUCCCUUCACUCUGCAUCCUACCAGAGCUUCUCUAAUAAUCCUCUGUGCCAGACAGGAACAAUGUAGUCAGAGGAGUUGUGAACAGAGAAAUGGUAUCUUCUGGGGUGUCUGUGAUGAUGGGUCUAUAACCUAAUUCAUGUCCAGCAUGAAAUUAUUCUAUCAAAAAUAUCAUAGUCAUUCACACCUUGACAGCUAAGAGGCAGGGGGUAGAAAAGUAUAGAGAUAUUGAAGGAUAUUUUUAAAAAUUAUCUUCAUUUAUUUAUUGGAUAGAAACAGCUAGAAGUCAAGAGGAAGAGGAGGGGAGGAGAUGGAGAAGGAAAGGACAGAAAGACACCUGCAGCCCUGCUUCACCACUCAUGAAGCUUUUCCCUUGCAGGUGGGACCUGGGGGCCCAGAUGCUUUCACAUUGUAACAUGUGCACUCAACCAGGCGUGCCACCACCCAGCCCCUUGAGGGGCAUUUGUUCCCUUGGCUUUAUUAUCUUCUUUGAAGGUUCCUUUCUCCUUCUGGGUUCCAGUAAUGUCUUUCCUUAUUUCUUGUGCUCGGAGAUGGCAGCAGAUGCUACUAGGUCUGGGACUAUAUGUCCCUCUUUUAUCUUCUUGGAAUACCUAUAAAUGUGGUCCUUUUCCCCCCGAUACACCCUUCUCCAGUUAUCCUCACUGAAGGGUAUGUGCUUUCUGUUGGUAACAGACUCAUUUAGAUACACUGAACUAGAUUUGUUGCUUUGUUUUGCAAGUUGGAAGGAACUUGAGCAUGAUGUAAAAGCAGAUGUUCUGAGCUGUGGCUUUUCCCCCUUGCUGUGAGACUUUGAACAGUGAUGUUCACAUGUAUAAUAUUUGCCCAUAGAUGUACCCACAUGUUGUACUGCUGCUCCCCAAUUUUGGAACUCUGCAGCCUGAGAAUCCUGGGAAAGCUCUGCCAAACAAAGGGUUCAUGGCUGAGAUAGGGAGUUACUGGCUAUGGCCACCCUUGGCUGUUCUUAAAUUGAUGUAAGCAGUAAUAGGAAAAUCAUCAUUAAUGAGAUACGUGGCCACUCUAUUGUCUUUGGAAAUUGAGAUCCUCUGUAGCAAGAGGGAGAAAGCAAAAUAUAGAGAAGAAUUACCAGAUGUAUUUUUCAGACAAGUGGAAUUCCAAGUGUGGUUUGGAUCUUCUGAUAUUUGAUGAAAGAAAAACAUAGAGAAUGGAAGCACAUGAAUUUUUCACAAAAAUAUAGUCAAAGAAGAAGAAACGACCCUACUGUAAGACUUUGUGAGAACUAUGGCCAUUAUC